GGUGAAGCUAGCGGCAUAGGAGCCGACUCGGCAUCAGCGGCUUCGUGCCGCACUGGAGAGGCACUUUUCACUCAACUGUUGCAUGCAUCUACUUUCAAAAGAUUUCUUGCUUUCGUGGCGGGAAACGCAGAGCCCCAGCCUCGAAGAUCCAAGCAUAGGCAAGCAAUGCAAGGCUAUAAAAUAAAAUCUGCAAGAAAUUUCCUCGCUUCCAACUCUCUCUCCAUGAAUCUGUGACCACCUCUGUCUCACUAUACCCCUCAGUGAUGGUCUCCCUUAAAAACAAGCAAGAAUCUGCUUCGAUAAUGUACAGUUCACUCCAUUCAAGAUCCAGCUGUAGCUUCUCCAAUAUCUGCAAAAACACCAACCACUUGAAGUCUUUGAAAGCUCUACUCAUAGUUAACGGUCUAAUACAACACAAGCUUUUGCUGAGACAAUUUUUGGAGUCUUGUUUUAAUUUGGGUUCUGUUGAUUUAGCUCUCUCGACUUUCAAGACAAUUAAGAAGCCAAGCUUGUUGUUGCAAAACUUGAUGAUUAGGAGUCUAAGUAAUAAUGGGUUACACGAAAACGUCUUGUCUGUGUAUAAAACUUGUCAGGUUACGAAUUGCCUAUCUGAUGAUUUUACGUUUCCUUUUGUUAUCAAGGCAUGCUCAGUUCUUGGUGCCUUUGAGAUUGGAAAAGAGAUUCAUUGUGCUGUGUUGAGAAAUGGGUAUGAGAGAAAUGUUGUUAUAGAGACUGCUUUGGUUGACUUUUAUGGAAAGAUUGGUCAUCUAGGGACUGCACGCUCUCUGAUUGACAGAAGUCCACAACCAGACUUGGUUUCUCUGAAUGCUUUGAUUUCUUGUUAUUCUUUUCAUGGGAUUGAUCAACCAGUGUUUGAGGUUUUUAAGCUUAUCUUCGCGGUGGGUUUGAAGCCUAAUUUGAGUACUUUGGCUAGUGUAAUUCCUGUGUGUACCAGAUUGGGAUGUUUGGAUACAGGUAAGUCUCUCCAUGGAUUUGCUGUGAAGUCUGGAUUUCUUGCGAAUGAGUUCUUGGCGCCUGCUUUAAUUUCAAUGUAUGCUCGUGAUGUGUGUGUAUCUAGUGCUACAAAUAUGUUUGAAGAUGUAAAAAGGAAGAAUGUUGCUGUUUGGAAUGCUAUGAUUUCUGCUUGUACACAAAAGGAUAUGGCUUUUGAAGCAUAUGAGAUGUUUCGACAAAUGCUUCAUGCUGAUGUGCUGCCUAACUCAAUUACUUUUGUGUCGGUCAUUCCAUCAUGUGAGGUUGCUGGUGGUAUACUGUAUGGUGAAUCAUUUCAUGCUUGGGUGAUAAAACACGGUUUAGAAAAUCAAGUUUCUGUUUUGACAGCCCUCGUGUCCAUGUAUGCUAAGCUUGGAGAGAUGCAUAAAGCUGAAAAUCUUUUUGAUCGGAUUUCCAAUAGGAACCUCUUGUUAUGGAAUGUGAUGGUGUCUGGGUAUGUGCGCAAUUGUCUAUGGGAUACAAGUCUCGCUGCAUUUUGUGAAAUGCAGCUUGGUGGAUUUAGUCCAGAUGCAGUCUCUAUUGUUAGUGUUCUUUCUGCUUGUUCCAAUCUGGAGGCUGUUUUGUUUGGUAAGUGUGCCCAUGCAUUUAGCAUUAGAAAGGGGAUUGAUUCAAGCCCCAAUGUUUCCAAUGCUCUCUUGGCGUUUUAUUCUGAUUGUAGACAACUCACCUCUUCUUUUAAGCUCUUUCACAAAAUGCACACUAGGAAUACUGUAUCGUGGAAUACUUUGAUAUCUGGGUGUGUGCAUAGUGGAGAAAUGGAAAAGGCAGUUGACCUUGGUCACAGUAUGCAGAAAGAGGGUGUGGCAUUGGAUUUGGUCACCCUAAUAAGCGUUCUCCCUGUUUACUGUGACAGGGACUAUUUAGGUCAUGGGAUGACCCUUCAUGGUUAUGCGAUAAAAAAGGGGUUUGCUUCUGAUGUAUCUUUGGUCAAUGCACUUAUCAGCACAUAUUGUAAGUGUGGCGAUCUUGAUUCGGGGAGAUUUCUUUUUGAAGUUAUGUCAGAAAGGUGUGUAGUGUCUUGGAAUGCCUUCAUUACUGGCUUGCGGCAUCUCAACCUACAGAACGAGGCUUUGGUCCUUUUCAGUCAAAUGACGAAGUAUCAGAGGCCAAAUUCUGUAACUCUGCUAAAUGUAUUGCCUUUGUGCUACAGCCAUUUGCAGGGUAAGUCUGUCCAUGCGUUUGCAAUUAGAACAGGACUUUUAACAGAAACGCCUCUUGUUACUUCUCUGAUUUACAUGUAUGCUAGAUUUGAAAAUAUGAAUUCAUGUCUCUCGCUAUUUGAAAUAGGAACAAAAGACAUACCAGUGUGGAAUGCUAUUAUUUCUGUGCAUAUCCAAACAAAAUAUCCUGAAAAAGCAGUUUGCUUCUUCUAUGAUUUGCUUCGAAUGGGUUUACAACCUGAUAACAUAACAGUUCUGAGUUUAGUUUCAGCAUGCGCUCAACUAAAUUUCUUGAGUCUUGCUCAUUCUGUGAUGGCCUAUGUGAUAUGCAAGGGAUUUGAGGAAGAUUCUGCCGUUAGCAAUGCCCUUAUAGAUAUGUAUGCAAGAUGUGGAGACAUUGUUACUGCUAAAAAGCUGUUUGAGGUCUUGAUUGAAAAGGAUGCUGUCUCUUGGAGUGUGAUGAUCAAUGGAUACUGUCUACAUGGGGACGGGAAAGCUGCCCUUGAAAUUCUCUCCCAGAUGCAGUUAUCAGGAGUGAUCCCUAAUGUCAUUGUAUUUUCAACUAUUUUAUCAGCUUGCAGCCAUGCUGGUUUAGUCGAGCAAGCUUGGAUGGUCCUCAACUCUAUGGUCGAAAAGGGUAUAUCAGCAAGAAUAGAGCACUAUGCAUGCCUGGUGGACCUGUUAGGGAGAAAAGGUCACUUGAAGGAGGCGUAUAAUGUCGUUAAGAAGCUACCUGGUAAACCUUCAGUUACCCUGCUUGAGUCGCUGUUGGGUGCCUGUAGCGUACAUGGCAACGUCGAAAUUGGGGAGGAAAUUAGUGGGCUGCUGUUUGAAAUGGACCCAGAUAAUCCUGUUCCUUAUGUGAUUCUUUCCAAUAUCUAUGCAGCAGCUGGUCGAUGGGCAGACGCCAAUAAAUUGAGGUCAAACAUAGACCGGAGACGAUUGAGAAAAGCAGCUGGUUGCAGUCUUCUAAUAAGGGAAAGGAGUGACAUGCGGUAAUGAAGAAAACCUAUCCAUCUAUCCAUGUUUCUUUGUGUAUUAUACAUUUUCUCUUAUAUGUUCCCCUUUUGAUUUUGUAAAAAAUAAAAAAUAAAAUUAGCAUCCAUAUGCUCUACACA